AUGAAAGUUCUCCGACAUGAAGAAUUUGUCGAGGGCUGUAAGGCUGCCUGCAAUGGCCCUUAUGAUGGAAAAUGGAGCAAAACGAUGAUUGGUUAUGGACCAGAAGAUGAUCAUUUUGUUCUUGAGCUGACCUAUAAUUACGGGAUUGGCAGCUACUGCCAUGGCAACGAUUUUAUAGGUAUCCAUAUCCACUGCUCCGAAAUCUAUAGACGGAUUGCAUGUGACUCCACUUUGCCCAAAGUAAAACAUGAGGAAUUCCUUGAAGUUAUUGAUCCAGCCGGUUACCGCUUCUUCAUCCAUAAUGAGAAGGCCGGCCUACAGGAUCCUGUGAGGAAGCUUGAACUUGCUUCUUCUGAUAUUCGUCGGUCGAUUGAUUACUGGUCAAAAAUGUGCGGUAUGAAGCUGCUGGAGUCCUCAGACGAUAAUGCGCUUUUUACCUACAAGGAAGGACAGUGCCAAUUACAGUUGACACUCUCUAAACACCCAAUCGAUCGUGGCCAAGCCUAUGGCAGAGUUGCAUUUUCGUGUCCUAGAAACCAACUUGCACUCCUGCAAGAAACGAUGGACAAGGAAAAAGAAACAAUUCUCACGAGACUGGUUAGCUUGGAUACUCCCGGGAAGGCUACAGUUGAGGUCGUAAUCCUUGCCGAUCCUGACGGUCAUGAGAUCUGCUUCGUGGGCGACGAGGCCUUUCGCAGCCUCUCACAGGUAGACCCCAAGGCCGAUGAACUAUUAGCGUCUGCAAUGGCUGAGGACCACAGCGACUCUUGGUUCCAAAAACGUGGUGGUAAAAAAGCGCAACCAGAACAGAUCGUCAUGGUAAAUGAGAUUCUUCCAUGGCCUGCACCAACUUCGCUAGUGGGAUUUCUGCUUGGCAUUAUUUCUCUUUUUGUCAUUGACUUCAUUCUUUUGAUUUACACUCGAUUCUUUAGUAUUCCCUCUCUAAUCCUGCUCUUUGCUUCCUUUGUUUCCUUGCUUUUCCUCAUCUCUCAUGCAAUUCUGCCUCGCACAGUUGAAUUCUUCUCUCCUUACGCAACUCGAGGUCGAGAUCUCGAUCCCAAAGGGUAUCGUCCGAAUCUUGUCAUUGCCUUCUGUCUUGGUGGCGUCUUCUUGUUCGGUCUUAUUCUUAGCUUUCAUGCCUUUGAGGAGCUCUCCAACUCCCGUAUCGUAUGGCCUUUCGGUGUUUAUCUUUCUUUACUUGCUUUCUUCCACUGGUCUGAAUUUUUCGUUGCCGCUCUGACCAAUCCUUCGAGGACCGGUGUCGACCUUUAUCUGUUAGAUCACAGUCCCGAAUACCUAGGUGCAAUGGCCCUCAGUUUCAUCGAGUAUUGGUCGGAGGUUUUAUUUUGGCCUUCCAAAACUACCUCCUAUCUCUGGCUCAAUCUCACUGGACUUCUAAUUUGCGUGGCAGGCGAGGCUUUUCGCAAGAUGGCCAUGUGGACGGCGGCGGAUAACUUCUCACACUACAUCGAACACACAUGGCGACGUGAGCAUCGUCUGGUUAGAAAGGGCGUAUAUGCCUUGUGUAGACAUCCCGCCUAUGUAGGCUGGUUCUUCUGGAGUCUUGGCACCCAACUCCUCUUGGUCAAUCCUCUCUGCUCUUUUAUCUACCCCUUGGCCGCAUACCUCUUCUUUCGUAACAGAGUUUACUUCGAGGAACGCAGUUUGGUGGCAUUUUUUGGUGACGCUUAUCGCUCUUAUCAGCAUGAAGUUCCUACCGGUCUGCCUUUCAUUCGCGGUUAUGUUGAAUUGACUGUCCGCGCCAGCACUCGUUAA